GUUACGGUAUUUGGCACCAUCCUCUCUGCGCACCGUGCCUGGCAGCGGCUCAACUCUCGGCUUCUGCAGACACCGUGGUCGGAAAAUGCGCUCUUCUCCGUGGAGCAGGCGGUCUCUGUUGCUUCACACGAGCGCACGGGAUGAUUGCGCGUCGCGGAGCGGUUAUUUACCACCGAGGCUUUCUAGGUAUUGGUGAGACAUACAGGGAAACCGUGUCACAACGUGCGUUGCAUGCAGUCCUGGGAUGUAUUUUUCCACUCCGCUGACUUAUCCAACCCUCGCAAUGUGCACACUUGUAGAUUUGAUCUAAAGGGCGUGUCGGCUGUUAGGCUGCGCGUUUUCAACUGGGAAUCCAUUUGUCUGCAGGGGGAUUUGAGCGCCAAGAAGGAGCUGACAGACAGACAGACGGAGGGAGCCUGUGGUCUUCAGGCAAAGGGGGGUGGGUUUCUCGACUGCGCUGCGCAGACAAGCGGCGGAGCGGACAGCCUCUGUAAACCUCGUCCUCCUCCUCCUCCACAACAACACGGGACAGGAGGAAGAAGGAAAGACAGGGGAGGAGACGUGCAGGAGGUCUGUGGGGUUGAAAUCUGGAAACAUACGGCGGUAAAAUGACGAUGUCUGUCCCGGAGAGGAAAUCAGGAUCGGAAGGGAAGGAGGAGGAGAGCGAGGACGAGAGUGAGAUCCUGGAGGAGAGUCCCUGCGGCCGCUGGCAGAAACGCAAAGAGCAGGUCAGUCAGGGAAAUGUCCCUGGCGUGGAAAGUGCUUCCCUGGCCAUGGACACAGAGGAAGGCGUUGAGGUGGUGUGGAACGAAGUUCUCUUCUCAGACAAAAAGGUCUUCAAAGCACAGGAGGAAAAAAUCAAAGAGAUGUUUGAGAACUUGAUGCAGGUCGAACACCCCAACAUUGUUAAGUUCCACAAGUACUGGCUGGACAUGAAAGAGACCCAGGCUCGGGUCAUUUUUAUCACUGAAUACAUGUCUUCAGGGAGCCUCAAGCAGUUCCUGAAGAAGACAAAAAAGAACCACAAAACCAUGAAUGUGAAGGCCUGGAAGAGAUGGUGUACCCAGAUUCUGUCGGCACUCAAUUAUCUGCACUCCUGCGACCCACCGAUAAUCCAUGGCAACCUAACCUGUGACACAAUCUUCAUCCAGCACAACGGGCUCAUCAAGAUUGGCUCAGUGUGGCACCGGCUGUUUGUUAAUGUGUUCCCAGAUGCUAGUGUCCACAGCAAAGGAAGGCAACACCGGGAUGAGCAGAGGAAUCUCCAUUUUUUUGCUCCUGAAUAUGGAGCUGGUGAGGAUGACUACUCCAUAGACAUUUUCUCCUUUGGUAUCUGUGCCCUAGAGAUGGCAGUACUGGAAAUUCAAGCCAAUGGAGAUUCUGCUGUAUCCAAGGAGGCCAUUGUAAAUGCAGGUCAAUCUCUGGAAGACCCUCUCAUGAGAGAGUUCACGCAGUCGUGUUUGCGUCACGAUGCCAACCUCCGUCCCACAGCUCACGACCUUCUGUUCCACAGAGUCCUGUUCGAAGUCCACUCCCUCAAACUGCUCGCCGCCCACUGCCUCAUCAACAACCAGUAUUUGCUUCCUGAGAACUGUGUGGAGGAGAAAACAAAGUCGUUUGACCCCAACGCUGUCAUGGCAGAGAUUAGACAUGAUGACAGACCCGGAGUUCAGCUCAAGUAUUCCCAUGUUUCCCCUUUAGAGCUUGACAAGUUUCUGGAGGAUGUCAAGAAUGGGAUUUACCCCUUGAUGAACUUUGCCACGUCUCGGCCUCACCCCGUCCCUCGAGCUCUGUCCUUGUCUCAGGAGCAGGUUGAGACGGUGAAAACACCGACUCCUGAACCCCAGGAGACAGAAACAAGGAAGGUUAUUCAGAUGCAAUGUAAUUUGGAAUCAAAUGAAGAAGGGACCAAAACUCAUCUCUCCUUGUUUCUGAAGAUGGACGACAAACUUCAUCGGCAGCUAAGCUGUGACAUCUUUCCAACGGACACUCCAAAAGACCUCGCCAGUGAACUCGUCCACUAUGCCUUCAUAAACGAGGAGGACAGUGAGAAGGUAGCUGCAUUCCUAGAGGACUCCAUCAGUCGACACAGGGUCCGCGCGCUGGCCGCUGGGAGCAACCAGUGACGGCGCUGUCGCGACAGCAGCUGGGACUGAUGGAGGAGGUUGCCCCUCGGGGGGAUGUUGAUCACACGGGUGGAGAAAGAGAGGGAAGCAGACAGACAGCUGUGGAAGACAUUGUCCAGGACGCUAAACAGGACAAAUGCUCCUGAAAUGCUUUGAAAGUCAGUAAAUUAUCCCAGUUAGUUGGAAGGAAAACGACAGCAGCUAAAGUGAAACCGAAGGCGUUUCUGGUUGGAGGACACUGAUACACCUCGUACCUUCCCCACAGAGCAGUGGCAGAUCCACAGAGUCCCUGCCUAAAAGGGCUACCAUGCCUUACACAUUCAGUUUUCCGUAAUGUGAUGUUUGAGAAAGACAUUGUACUGUUCCAAGCCUCCUUUUGCACUUCAGUGCCCAUUUUUAUUGACUCACAAACAGAAACAAGUGAUUUUCUAAAGCCUCCGUCCCUCUCAAGCCUUCAGCCAUCACAGUUUUCAGGAAUUUAAUAUUCCACCCUACAUGCACUGUUAAUACUCAUCCAGUUAUUUAUUUCUACCCCGUAACUGUGAACCAUAGAAACAUUGCACAGCUUCUUCUUCCUUACUUGAUUUUACCUCCCUUCCUUGCACUCUUAGCAUUAAAGGCCAGUUCUCCCACAGCUUAACAUGCCUCGUCUUAAUGCAUCUAUAUGUCAAGCUAUGAGAGGACGCCUUUUUUAGUGUUUUCUUAAAGGUUUUCCCUGUGAACGUGUUCUGGAAGCCAAAGACCUGCAAAGUGCCUGAUGUGGCAAUGAAAUGGCAUCAUACCCAACUUUGCAAAUUUGGGGAAAAUAAUCAUUCAUGGUUGGUCUGUUUCUUCUAAACAAGUUUACGUCUCUUUAUUUGGAAUUUAUAAAGUCAACUUGUCUGAAAAUGAAAAGAAAUUUGGUACCUAAAUUUAUAAUUGGACUUAAAGAUGGGAUCAUUUUGCUCUCAGCUGCAGCAAGUCUUACAUUACAGGAGUGUUGGGUGUAAACAUUUACAAGAAAAAGUUGCCAUAUUGUUGAUCAGUUUCUCUGCUCUAUAGUCAUUUUAUUAAAAUUGUUUUGUAAAUAUAUUUGAGAUCAUUGAAAGGCAAAUUCUACCCACUUCUUAGAAAUUGAACUAAGUUUUAUUUGCUAUAUCUGUGCUUUAUAAUCUGUGGUGUUUUGAGUAAGAAUGUAGCUAAUUGCAAUAAAAUAAUAUAAUCAUGGCUCUCUGAAC